GGUUAGGUUAGGGUUUUGAGUGUGGCUGCCUGAGUAGCGAGUAGCGAGUAGCUCGUUGUUCUUACUUGUGCAGUCCGUCCGGUUCAGAAGUUGCAGAACGGUUCUGUGAUUCGUACUUGCCACUUGCCACCAUGGGGAAAACACGCGGUAUGGGAGCUGCUCGCAAGUUGAAGUCCCACCGAAGAAGGCAAAGGUGGGCUGACAAGGCCUACAAGAAAUCAAAUCUUGGAAAUGAAUGGAAAAAGCCAUUUGCUGGAUCAUCUCAUGCCAAAGGCAUUGUUCUUGAGAAAAUUGGGAUUGAAGCUAAGCAGCCUAACUCUGCUAUUAGAAAAUGUGCUCGAGUACAGUUAAUCAAAAAUGGAAAGAAGAUUGCAGCUUUUGUGCCAAACGAUGGUUGCUUGAACUAUAUUGAAGAAAAUGAUGAAGUGCUUAUUGCUGGUUUUGGCCGAAAAGGGCACGCCGUUGGAGAUAUUCCUGGAGUCCGAUUUAAGGUUGUGAAGGUAUCUGGGGUGUCUCUUCUUGCACUCUUCAAAGAGAAGAAGGAGAAGCCUAGGUCUUGAAUAUUUUUUCUUUUAGGAGUUACUGUCUUUGGUUUUUUAUGGUUUUCAAUUGUAUAAUUUGAGAGAAGUAGAUCAUGGUUCUCUUCUCUGGCCAGAGUUACUUUUAAAUGCUCAUGGAACCGGAACCUGCUAUGUUUCAAUCUUAUGUGUGGACUGGUAAAAAAGCAUACUUAUUUGUUAGUUAUUGAACGUUUUGGAGAGUAUGGAAUGUUAGUUUUUUUUAAGUUUGCUCUUUCUUCAACCACCUUUGUAAUUGGAACUUUAAUGUAAAAUCCAUCGA